AUGGGCUACGUCGACUACGCUGAUCGACUACUCGCAUGUUACAAAAUUGAUCGCAAAUCCAAAAAAUGGUGGUUCAGACUGUUUUGGAACUUUCUCGAUCUUACGGUCACAAAUUCAUUUAUUUUGUACAAAACGAGAGAUAUAAAACCGAUGUUGACUUUGAAGAAAUUUCGAUUAUUACUGGUAGACAACCUAGUUGGACACAAAAUUCCUCAUCGUAAAGGUAGAAAGCGUCAAUCUCAUACCUCAGAUAAUUCAGAACACGCUAAACCUCAAGUAUCUGUAGAAAAAAGAUACUCUCAGGUAGCUCAUAUGCCUGUAUUCACGGAAAACUCAAAAAGAUGUGCUCAUUGCAGUACGAGAACUGAGCAGAAAACAACAAAAUGGAUAUGUACGACCUGCAAUGUACCAUUAUGCCUUUUGCCUAACAGGAAUUGCUUUCAAAGUACCAUACCUAACUUAUAA